AUGACAGAUCAAAAUAAAUCACGUGUGACAUCAUUGAGAUCAUUUCUCUUGAUAAUCGCAUUAAUAUUUGCUUUGUUCAUUACUCAUUAUAUUAUAUCUGUUCGUGUUCCUGGUCCGAUGAUACAUCCAAUAAAAUAUAAAAUUAUUACAGGUACUUUUGCUUUCAUCCUCGAUUUUAGUCAGUUUGUUGAAUUAAUCUUUGGUAUACCUUAUUAUACGACACUUAAUACUAUAGUUGAUUCACUUGAUCAAGUCAAAAUACGUUCUUUCGAUCAUGGUCAAGUAUUGUAUCAUGAUCAAUAUAUAGACGAUGUUCUUGUUCGUAUCUAUACACCAAGCAAUAUGUCAAAAACAUUAUUAUCUCCAGUGAUUAUAUUUUUUCAUGGCGGUGGAUUCUUUUUUGGCAGUAUUUAUUCUCAUGAUACUAUGACUUAUCAUAUGUCAAUGUACAGUGGUGCAAAAGUUAUUUCAGUCAAUUAUCGAUUAACACCAAAUAUACAUUAUCCAAUAUCAAUUGAAGAUAGUGUUAAAGUAACACGAUAUGUUAUGGAUAAUUAUCAAGAAUUUUCUAUUGAUCCUGAACAAGUUUUUCUCUGUGGUGAUUCAGCGGGAGGUAAUAUAGCCGUUGUAGUCGAACGACAUUUACGUCGUAAACAAAAAACACUUAUUCGUGGUGUUCUUCUUCUUUAUCCAUUACUUCAAUUGGUUAAUUUUCGUUUACCAUCUUAUUUAACAAAUUCACCUUAUAAUAUUCUAUCACUUCUUCGUGAAGAUAUUCUUACACAAGUAACGAAUUUCUAUGUCAAUACAUCAUUUACUAAAAAUGAACUUUUCAAAAAUCAACAUUUAUCAUUUGAUGAUUAUAAUUACUUUUAUUCUAAAGUUAAUUUAGAAGUUUCAAAAAAAGAUCACAUCAAUGCAAAAUCUCAUCAAGAUACUUGGAAAUUAUUCAAUGAAAAUAUUUCACCAUUAUUAGCAGAUGAUGAAAUUUUACAUAAUAGUCCAUCAACAUUUAUUGGUGCUUGUACAUAUGAUGUUCUUUUAUCUGAUGCUCAGUUAUAUUUUCAACGUUUACAAAAACUGAAUGUAAAAGACAUUAUUUUUAGAGAAUAUCGUAUAUUUCAUGGUGCAAUGACAUUUGUUGAUUUUCCAGUUGCUUUUAAUGAAGCUUUUGAUAUUAUUCAUGAUUGUGCUCAGUUUGUUAUUAAUAGAACUAGUUUCAUUACAUGA